ACCCUUCUCAUAAGUCAAACAUUUCUCGCGGAGGUAGCAGCUAGUGUUCCACGGAGGCUUGAAAUAGGUUUCGUCUUUUUUAUUGGUUUAAGAGUCAGGUAAACUAGAUAAAACAUGCCACGUGUAUACGUAGGCAGACUCAGCUACCACGUUCGCGAGAAGGAUAUUCAACGAUUCUUCAGUGGUUACGGGAAGCUUUUGGAGAUUGAUUUAAAAAACGGGUACGGAUUUGUGGAGUUCGAAGAUACGCGCGAUGCAGACGACGCCGUGUACGAGUUGAAUGGCAAAGAGCUGUGCGGCGAGCGCGUCCUUGUCGAGCAUGCCAGAGGGCCACGGCGGGACCGCGAUGGAUACGGUGGGGGUUCUGGGGGUUGGGGGCGCAGCAGUAGUGGUUACAGCAGCAGGAGCCGCUCCGGCAGGGACAAGUACGGACCACCUGUGCGCACAGAGUACCGGCUGAUAGUGGAGAACCUUUCUAGCCGUUGCAGCUGGCAGGACCUCAAGGACUUCAUGCGGCAGGCUGGUGAGGUGACUUACGCAGAUGCCCACAAGGAACGGACAAAUGAGGGAGUGAUUGAGUUCCGCACCUACUCAGACAUGAGGAGAGCGUUGGACAAGCUGGAUGGCACAGACAUCAAUGGGAGGAAAAUCCGUCUGGUGGAGGAUAAGCCCCGGCGCCGGCGCUCCUACUCUGGCAGUAGAUCCAGGUCCCGUAGCAGACGCCGCUCUCGAAGCAGAAGCCGCAGGAGCAGGAGUUCACAAAGUCGCUCAAGGUCUCGCUCUCGCUCUAGAUCCCGCAGCAAACGCCGGUCCCGUUCCAGGUCCAGGAGAAAGUCCCACUCCAAAUCUCCAGCCAAAUCUCGCUCCAGGAAGUCCCAUUCUCGGUCCCGUUCUUGUACUCGAAAGUCUCGCAGUCGCUCUGUAAGUCGCAAGUCCCGCUCCCGCUCAAAUGCCCGCAAGUCCCGCUCCAAGUCUCGUUCCAAGCCCAAAUCUGACCGUGGCUCACGGAGUCGGUCUAAGGAGAAGUCUAUAAGUAAGAAGUCCCGCAGCCGCUCUGCCUCGCCCAUGGAGAAUGGAAAUGAUGAGCGCUCCAAGUCUGCGUCCCGCUCCCCUUCCCCCCAGGAGGCGCGCCAUGCCUCCAAAUCACCUGCCAAGCGCUCGGCAUCUCGCUCUCCUUCCCGCUCCAAGUCCCGCUCGCGUUCUAGGUCUGCCUCGCAGGACUGAGGUCCUCUCUGAUCUGCUGUUAGCUGAGCAUGUGAUUCUCAAGGUGUUUCAGAGUGCAUAAGAUCACAUGUGUUUUCAUUGUUGCAUGAGGGAGGGAAAAACAUUGUAAAUAACAGACAUACCAGAUAAUCUGUAAAGUCUUUACUAGACCUUUUCCUACUCCAUGCCGUCUUCAGUUAUGUUUUGAGUAAUUUUUCUAAGUUGUAUUGGCUUGUUCUUCAGGUUUUCCUUCAGCUGUUUGACUUGAAUGACUGACUUUGCUAAGUAAAAUUAAAAGGCUUGAAUUGCAUUUGUGUGUAAGCAGUUGAUGACGCUAGAAUAAGCUGAUCUUUGGCUGUUUAUAAUCAAGUCAAUAACCAUUUAUUAAUAAGAUGAAAGAACGUUGUCUUAGGUUGAGUGAAAUGUAAUUGGUUACUGUACAGUAAUUUGUUGGUGUGUUUUUUUUUUUUUGAUUCAAAUUGGACCCUUGGACCUUUUUCGUGUUCAAGUCCUGUUUCAUUUUUUAAAAACUAAUGUCUGAGUAAACAAGUUUUAGUUAAAUAAACUUGGUUUAAUUUUCUAUUA